GCACACAUGCUAUGUAAUUUUGACUUUGAGGCAUUUUAAUGACUGUUUUACUUAUGUCACAAAGAUAAUGCCGUUUUUCUUCUAUAAAUCUAGAAAACCAAAAGAUAAAUUACACUUAUGCAAAUAUGGAGGUUAUUUAAGGUGAUGUUCGUGUACCCACGUGAGGAUCUGGUCUGUAAUCUGAAUUAAAACUCGUAUUUUAUGACUUAAAGGAACUGUUUAUUCGACUCCACUGACAGAUACGAUGGCCAUGUCCGACUGAACUGUACAGGCCUCUGAAAGAGCAUCAUCUUACCACUCAUGCGCCGUUUUGUGAUCUUGCCUCCUCUCCGCUGCACUGCAAUGAAGACCUCAGCGCACACCUAGCUCACACCCAGGUGUGUAACCAUGUUCAGACUGCAGUGUGUGAGGCCCUGUCUCAGAAGACUCCUCCAUCUGGGUGUGGGGAAUAGAGACCAUGUCCUGGAGGGGCUGCAGGUUUGCUCCACUGACGACCAGGUGCUUGAUGUGGUGGGGAAGAACAGAACCAAGCUGACUGUGGAACACGUGAGCUGUGCUGUGAGGAUGCUGUGGGAUUUUCAGAAGGAGAGACCUGAACUGCUCAGGACUGUCCACCUCAUCAAGUGCCACCCGGAGUUCCUGACCCUCCGGGUUUUGGCGGAGAAUAAAAUUUCUCUGAUGGAUGACUUAACACUGGUCGACAUGCUUUAUGUGUUCCUCAGGCUGAGUGUGGAAACACAUGACAGCCUUGUGCAACAGAUGGUUUCAGAAGCUUGGCGAAGAGUAGACGGACUUCCUAUGUCAUCUCUGUCAAAGUUUGCAGUGAUUUUACAUGAUCAGCUCCUCCAUAGCAGUCCUCUGAUGGGUCACAUCACCAACAUUUUGGACCAGAGGUUAUCAUCCAUAGACAAUGCCAGGGUCCUGGCGGCUCUGAUGGUCAGCGUGUCGAACCUCGUGUCCACGCGGCUGCGGGACGCUCUAAUCAGCAGGGCUGAAUGUCUGCUGGACACAAACAAUCCCCUGAAUUACAACACUCCAAGAAGGAUGGUGCAGUUUCUACGCAGCGUCAAGUACACUCACCGACCCUUGUUGGAUAAGUGCAACGAGAUUUUCUUGCGCAACAUUCCCAGACUGGACGCUGAGAACCUCAGCAUCAUCUUGGGUCUGUAUCAGUCCCUUCAGUUCAACAACUGUGACUUCAGGCUGGCAGCUAAAGAAAGGCUGAUUGAGCUGAUCGACACAAGCACAGACCCUUACACCUUCUCUAAACUUUUUGCCGCUCUGGCACCAAUUAGCAGCCCGGAGAUCAGAGAAAGGUUGGAGAACACCACCUUCCUGGUGGCAGAUGAGUUCAGCGCUCAGCAGGCUUUGGCCGUCGUUGAAGCCCUGGAGGAGAGUCAGAGCAGAAACCUUAGUUUACUGAACAAAAUUACAUCAGUGAUCCAGAAAAAGCUCCCUGUCUACAGAUCGGUGGAGGUGGCCCGGAUCACCCAGGCCCUGUUCCUGUUGCAUUAUCAGAACCCAGAACUCUUUGCUGCCCUCAGAACCAUUUUGGUCAGCUUUUUGCAGCGCAGCUUCUACCCCUAUGAGGUGACCAUGCUGACCAGGGUGCUCGCCAUGCUGCCCAGCCCACGGCUCGACGAGGGCGUGGCCCAGCACGUGGACAACGUGAUAGCGCAGUGCAAUCUCAGCGAGCUCAAUACCAUCUCCUUUGCCGUUGCCAAGUGGAUACGGACUGAUCCGUCGUACCGACACAACACCCACAGCAAGUACGUCCGCCUGCUGCAGCGGCUGAGCCAAUGCGGCCGCGAGAGGCUGCAGACGGCCGACCGGCUGGACCUGGUGCUGGAAGAGAUCAAGUUCGCCCCAGGAGAGUGGUUCGAGGAGAUGCUGCUGGAAGAGACGUUCGUCACGCUCAACAGGAUGAUCGAUCAGAUCAACCCGAGCAACAUUGCUGACUUGGCCUUCUUCCUGACCAGAAUCAAUCGACUUAAUCCUCCACUGAUGGAGAGAAUCGCCAGUGUGGCCAUAGAACACAUUGACGAGAUUCACUUCUCAGCCACAUACCCCACUCUUCUACCAUUUUCUGUCCUGAAUUAUGAGCCUGCUCACGUAGAUGAGCUUUAUGAUGUUUGUAUUAAGCGCUUCACUCCUCACAUUAGCUCCUUUGACCCUCAUCUGCUUGUCCUCCUGGCAUAUUGCUUGGCUCUGGCUGACCAUUUUCCCGAAGAACUAAUCAGAGAAAUCUUCAGCAUUGGUUUUCUUGGAAAACUGGACUGCCAGCUGGAAAGCCUGCAUGAUUCCCUCAAGAUGAGGACGAAACAGCGCCUCAUGGAGCUCAAUCGGGCCGUGUGUCUGGAAUGUCCGGAGUUUCAGGUGCCGUGGUUUCACGAGCGUUACUGCCAGCAUCUGCAAAAGAAAGUGAAUGGCUCCGUCAGUCCAGUGCAGCAGCAGAUCCACACAAUGUUGGGCGGGGUUCUUGGUGGCAUUAACUUUGUCCGAGCAGCCGUCGUCACACCGUAUUUCUACACCAUAGAUUUCGAAUGUAAACUAGACAAACACUUGAAGCCGUUGCCUUACUCUGGGCCGAGCACGCUGCAGAUCUCAGAGAGAGGAAAGGUUCUGUGGGACUCAAAUUCACUGGAAAACUCCCGAGAUGAGCUUCCGGCAGGAGCUCAUCGCGUCGCUAUCGACUUCAUGGAUUCCAAGUUUUUCUGCAAAAACUCUCAUCAUAUGAAAGGUGAAGCCUUAAUGAGAAAGAGACACCUUGAGAUUCUGGGAUAUCGUGUUGUUCAGAUUCCUCACUUUGAAUGGAACUCCAUGGAGCUUUCUACACCCCAUGCAUGGAAGAGGUAUCUCAGAAACAAAAUCUUGGGAUAAAUUUCUUCCUGAAGCCUUAUUUAUGCGACAGUGACACUUAACAACAGCUUUUGUAAACGUCGGAGCAGAUUAUCUGAACAGAAAGUGUUACUUUAGAAGGAGCUCCUUGUUUUUAAGUAAAUGUGUCUAGCUGGCAUGAAUCUACCUCAUUCAUGUUGAGUGACAGUGAAUUAUGUGCUUUUGUAUUAUUAACUUUAAAAAAAUAAAAUGGGAAGUGAUACCCAG